AUGUCCGUCGUCCCCUCUAGAACAUGGACGAGGCUUCCCAUUUAUCUACGGUAUCGAUACAGAGUCGUAUCAAAUCGUCAAUUAGCUCGAAGUCUACCCCAAGCCAUUACAAUCCACAGCCCUAGACGCUUCUCUAACCAUCCCGUUCGAUGUCAAGAAGCAGCUGUACAUGCAUUCAACGAUCAGCCCCCAGGUCCUACGCUUCCCAUUAUCUACGAACCGUACGAUGGACCGAUCAUCACAUACGAGCCAAACGAUCACCCUUCGCAAGAUGAGCAAUACACGCGCAAACUUACCUUGGGCAUAGAUGUUUUAGGAGAGCCUGCCGAAGUUCUCGUGCUAGAUCAUCAAGAGCCACGAACCAGGCCAAACAAUUUUAAAAGCAGAGGAAUACAUGAUGAAGAAGAAGUGAAGACUCCACUAAGCCCCUCGGAGCUCUUACAAGCCAUCGAUGAAGAACGUGGGAUCGUCGACAUGGAGCAGGCUUGCGACAAUAUUGAGAGGGUCCGCGCGACAUAUUUGUCGAAACACGUGGCAAGCGAAGAGACGUCCAACAAAGCCCGAUUUGAUGAUUUGGUAUCAAGCCUCAGUGAUGGUUUUACUACAGCCCACCUACGUGCAUAUCUUCAACGUGCUCAGCAAGCCGAUGUCUAUGAGACAGACCUUCAGCACAGCUUCCAAUGUCCGAGAUAUUCAAGAUCAGCAUGGCGCGCUGCCACCGCCUCUACUUCUAAAAUGGUAGUUCCAGCCCUGAUGGAAGCGUUUGGGACAAAAGGACCCAGCGAGGGUUCAAUCCACAUUCCCGCUCGCGCCAGAAAGGAUGAACUCAUACAAACCUUGAUUGCCAAAGUUUGGCGACUGAGAGACCCGAGUGCAGAAAGCGAAUUGGGAGAUGUCGAAAUGCGGCUCCUUGCUAAGGACUUUGACCUGAUCACUACGCAUCCGAAACAAAUCUUGAAGAGAAUCUCUGAUACCUUCGGUAUUAAGCUUGAGGCCUUCAAGCCACAUAAGAUCAUACGAAUACGGUCCGACUUCGACACCUGUGGUGACGUCUUUGUGCUCCUCAAACGCACGAUCGAAAGUAUUGCCUCUUCGAUUGUCACUGUGCGCAUAGCGGAUCGGACAGAGAUAGGCACCUCUCGUCGAGCGAGAAUCCUUGAGCAAACAGGAAAAGCAACAGGCACUGUGGUUGCAUUGGCUUCGUCGCCUCAUUCAGGCUCUGUCGCGGAGUUUGAAGUUCACUACCUUGAGCGAGAAAGAAGGGCUCUUGAGGGUGUUCGAAGAAUGCUGGUUACUAAACUUGGAGGGAGUCAGAUCAAGCAAGAGAGGUUGCACAUAGGAGCACUACUUUAUUCGUCCUCGCUUUCGAUCAGUCCAUGCAAUUCGCACGAUAGUAUUUCCAUGCAGGGUAAGCAGGAUCAGCGGUCGAGAUACGUGAAGGUUGCGCCGGUGGGGCAGAGUAGUCUAUCAAGUAUGAGAAAAGAUGACCUCGAUCUAAAGAGGGACAAGGCUUACCACAAGAAAUCUUUUCAUGAUAGUCUUCGGGCUUUGAAGGCAUUAAGUCGAUUUGCUCAGCAAGGCGAAGUCUCGGCCGACGCCCGUUGGUCAGCAGAACCAACAUACAUUUCUACUGCACAGUCUGGAGAGGUAAGCUUUCCAGAGGAGCAGGCGCACAACACACGAGAGCAGCUUGUGGGAAGACUCGAUCUCCGUAAAGCGCUCAAUGUUCGCCUACACGCUCAAUUGAUUCGUUUCAAAAGAGCAUUUAGGUCACGUGGAGCCGCUUUACUAUCAUUGAUAAAUGAGAAGCAAAUUAAACAACCGGAACAUCAGGAGUAUGAAGCUUUAGAACACCGUCACAAGCACAAAGAUUACUUACUUAUAUCAUUGACACCGAAUUUACAGCCAGGGCAUCCCGUGGCUUCGGUGGCUGUCUUGCCUGAGCUGGAGCUCAAGAUCUUAAUCGAUGAUGAAACCAAUUCAGUCAAGCUUUCCGAAGCAAAUCUUGUGAUGCGAGAAAUCGACAUAGACAUUCUUAUGCCUGGAAACACCUCGGAUAUUCGCUUGAGUAGACGCGCUUUUCUUCGCUCCGAGCAUUUCGACCCUAUAAUCCAGAGAUUUGUUAAUGAAAGCAAUUUCGACGUUUGGGGGAACGAGCGGCUUACCACACCAAAUCAGCUUACUCUGCACGUGCCCCAACAUGCUAUUUGGCCACAUGCCGCAAGAAAAACACAGCCUCCAAGUUAUUCGGAUAUGAAAGGUGGUCUUACCGUUGACUAUAUCGUUACAGGGUUGGAACAUCGCUCAAGCAUCGUCACGACUUACAAUGCAAAUACCGAUAUGCAUUACAACAUGAUUGAAGCUGGGCGUACUGGAGGACGCCGGGAGGAGAUUGUUUUGAUCAAUCAGCCCUUGACCGCCGCUGAGGAAAUGAAGCUGAAGCAGCCGCCGAAGAAUACCAGUGCGCGAAAAUUGAAAGGCCCUCAGGCCAAGCGAGAUAGAUCAGAGCUGAAAAGAGCGCAAAAGCUGUGGGAUUCAGCACAUCAGCUGAUAGCGGAGGCAGCGAGUAUGCAAAGAUCGACCCCUCGAGCCUUCGUCCGACGACGAGAAAAUCCUAGGCACGAAGGUUACUAUAGCCUAGAUUUACAUAAAAAAUGA